CUCGACUUCGAAUGCACCUGCGAGCCCGGCUGGGACUACAUCCACGAGAUCAUCGAGUUCCCGGUGGUUCUGUUCGACACGCGGACGCGGGAAAUCACCGACUCGUUCCACAGCUACGUGCGCCCCACGGAGAACGCGACGCUCUCGGCCUUCUGCACGGACCUCACGGGCAUCGAGCAGGCCACCGUCGACGCCGCGCCGACGCUGCCCGAGGUCCUCGACGACCUCGACGCCUGGCUCCGGGCCCGGGGCCUCGUCGGCGCCGAACCGGCGGCGUCGUUCGCGCUCGCGACCGACGGCUGGGACCUCGAGCACUUCCUGGAUGUCGAGUUGUCGAGAAAGUUGCUCUACAAGCCCGGCGACUACCUCGAUCGCUGGGUCGACCUGAGCAAGGCCUUCGACCUGCGCCGCGCGGCCAAGGACGUCGAGAACGGCCGCAAGAAGGGCCGGAGCCGGCGGCGGUCGAACCUCAACACCAUGCUCCGGCACCACAAGAUGGAGUUCGAGGGGCGCCUCCACUCGGGCAUCGACGACGCGACGAACCUCGCGCGCGUCGGCAUCGCGUUGCUGGAG